AUGAACAACUGCCAACGAAACUCCUUCACAGGCAGACUAGAGUCUCCUGACGGUGGUUCCAGAUUGAGAUCAACAUCUCUCUCAUAUUCGACAUCCAGCUCCAACUCCAACUCCAAUUCCAACUCUGUCUACCCAAGUAAUGUUCCGUCACGGUCUUCCUCUUUAAGAUUUCCCAGCCGUGCCCAUACAAUGCUUAACAACGACCUCCAUUAUACCCCCUAUACCCCAGACAGAGAUUCUUCUCCUUCUCCAACUAAUGCGUCGUCGCUUCAUAUAGUUGCUGCUCCAUCUUAUUCUGCUUCCUCUUUACCUGCUCCAAGGCCAACUCGAAAUAGGCCUCUAUCAGCUAAUCUAGUCAAUAAUACUUCCUCCAAUAAAAGCUCGUACAGCCCGUUGCUGAAAACACAGGCGGGCGAAAGUCCUACAACAACAAAGUCUAGGUUGGGCUCACCAAGCUCACUGAACCGAUUGAAUCUCUCUCAUCUGAACGAGUACCACCACUUCCCUAGAUCGGCAUCUCCCUUGGCAAAUAAUGAAGGUGGCACUGCUCCAAACAUGAGCUCCGAGUCAACCCCCCUGCUAUCUUCUAACGAUAAUUUGGAUGAGGCAGUCGGUUCGGCUCUUCAGCCAAACCCUGCUAUGGUACUUGAGUUGGACUUAGAAGGCAACGUGAAGUUCAUCAGUAAAGUUUGGGAAACCGUUGUGGGGACCAAUCUAUCGAAAAUCAUCAACAAACCAAUCAGGAAUUUUAUAGUAGGUGAUGAUGAAGAUAAGGAUGUGUUUACAAAGGCUACCAAGAUUAUGAUGGUAGACAACGAGACCUACAAAAUUAGGUUUAUAGUGAAUACAAAUUUGAAAAACAGGAGACACUCUGAUGCAUCGUCAAAAACAUCCUCAGGAGACUCGGUUUUAUCUUCUAAUAAGAACAUUGAAUCGAUAAAUUUGCGUUCGAAUGAUAAUUCAGAUGAUGAUUCGUUAAGUAUACAUUCGGAUGCAUCAACAAUUACAACAGAUGGUGACUUUAUAGAAUUAGAAGCACAAGGUAUUAUUAUUCAUGACAAAUUUGACAUUGCAACACAUACGAUGUGGAUAGUAAAGCCAUGGGUGCCGAUUCAAGACGUUACUCUAGAACUAUCAGAAGAAUUGAUAUCUACUAUCGGCACUUUUGGUGUAAACUUAUUGGAAUCCUAUAUGUUAUACCUAACAGAUAUGGGAAUUACUGAUGAAAGUGAAUUGCCAGCUCCGGAAAUGGAGUUGUGCAGAAUAUGCGAGGAAAAAGUUCCCAAUUGGUGGCUAGAGAAACAUACAGAAUUAUGUUUGGUUGAGCAUAGAGCAGAAGACUUUGUAUAUGCUCGACAAGAAGAGUUGCAUGAACAUCGGAAAUUGUUGAGUAAUAUCCUUGAAACCUUACACCGGAAACUAGCAGCAUCUCCAGCAAGCCCAUCAAAUAAUUCAUCAUCCAAUAGUUCUUUGAACUCUUUGGGCUCAUUGGUUGCAUCACCAAUUGGUUCAUCCUCUAAUUCGUCGGUUUCAAGUGAAAAUUCCACCAACUCGUCCUCCUCAAGUUUUGUAUCAGUCAAUGAGUAUAAAGGCUAUGCUAUUCCUUGUGGUCCUCAAAAUACAGGCCAGGCAAACAAUUUGCCUAUAAUAAUGCAAAGAAGAAAAAGUUCUGGAACUUUGUUUCCACAAAUAAGAUUUCCAUUCAAGAGUCUUGAAAGUGUCAUUGCGUAUUGCGACGAAGCCCUCAAAAUUAACCCUGGUGAAAUUAGGGAUGAUCACAGUAGAGGGAGAAAUCCUAAUGAGCUACAUGAGAUUGCUUACUCUCCAAUCUCUCAAAAUGCGUUAAAUAACCUCAAAGAGUUGAGAUUGCCUGCUUCAAGUGACCCUGCAAUUCAUCAAAUUACUGAAGAUACAAAGGAAUUAGUUGAUAAGAAAUUAGAAGCUUUAGAAAGAUAUGCCCAUAUCCUACAGUAUGUAGAUAGAAUAACAAAAGAAACGAAUGAACUGGUCCUGUUGGCCGUUCAGAAUGUUAUCAAAAAAAUCAAGGAACACGUAUUCUGCAUGUCAGAACCAGAAUCAGAGAAUGAUACCCUGUCUAUUAGGUCUGGUAGAAGCUCCAAAUUAGCCAUUCCCUUUCAGCCUCAGGUUAUCAAAUCACCUAAAAUACAAACCAGUGGCAUCCUCUUUAAUAACUCUUUUCUAGAUGACUUUUCACAUGCUGAUUCAAAGGAUGGUUUGAGAAUAUCUGGCAGUUCUACACCUAAAAACUCAGCAUUAAUCCAAAGGAGGUCAACUCCUGUUAUUACUAUUGCCAAUGAAGAAGAUAAAGGCAAAAAGCUUUCUACCAGUAGUAUUUCCACAUCCAGAAGGCCUUCUUCACCUGGAUAUUCAUUACCGUUGGCUUCAAUUCAAAAAACAUUCAGAAAAUCGGAAACAUUUCAUUCAUCUCAUCUCCCAACUUCUUAUUCUCAAACAAACGAGGGUAGUAAUUACAAUAAGUUAUUAUCCACGCCUGUUGCAAUAACAUCAUCAAAUGAGAGGCCCCCAAUAUCUCCCCUAUUGGCUCCGACUUCAACUAAGCACUCAUUACCGUCAAUUAAAGAUUAUGAGGUUAUUAAACCAAUUAGCAAGGGUGCUUUUGGUUCUGUUUUUCUUGCUAAAAGGAAACUCACAGGUGAUUUGGUAGCCAUCAAAGUUUUGAAAAAAUCCGAUAUGAUUGCCAAAAAUCAAGUGACAAAUGUGAAGGCCGAACGUGCUAUUAUGAUGGCGCAGUCUGAUUCGAAGCAUGUUGUCCAGUUGAUUGCUUCCUUCCAAAGUACACAUUACUUAUAUUUGGUUAUGGAAUAUUUGAAUGGUGGUGACCUGGCAACUUUGUUGAAAAAUAUGGGUACAUUACCAGACGUUUGGGCAAAAAGAUAUAUUGCUGAGGUUAUUGUGGGAGUUAAUGAUCUACAUUCUAAGGGUAUUGUUCACAGGGAUUUAAAACCAGAUAAUUUAUUGAUUGAUCAUUCUGGUCACAUCAAAUUAACGGACUUUGGGUUGAGUAGAAUGGGGUUGGUUAACAGACAAAAGGCGGUGGCGAAAUAUCAGCUUCAGAAUUUAUUUCAAGGAACUGCUGGAAGUGGUAAACGUGGGAGUAGUUCAAGUCACCGUAGUGUUUUAGGUUUAGAACCUGUCUCAACCGCAGGAUCGAAGGUGACUACUCCUGAUUCCUCCAAACCUGGGUCCUUAGAUAUAACCAACACUGAUGAUAGUUUCAAGACAAACGAAUCAAGCUUUACGAAAUACGAAUAUCCCAUGACUACUUCGAAAUCCGAUAGCUCUGUGGAUAAAGCGGCAAUUAAGGACUAUUCGCCAUCAAUUGCAAAUGCAUCUAAUGAUUCAAACCGAGUAUUUACCCCUUCAGCUAUUAGUUCACUCCAGCAAGAUACUAAAACAAGGCCAAAUAGACCCUCUGCAAGGAACUUGUCGAUAGGCUCUGCUACUUCAGAUUCGAGUGCUUUAUUAUCUCCCAUUCAGUCCAGAUUUUCAAAAGAUGAAUCAGCGCAAGCAGUGAUCGAAGCUCCUAAAACGUACGCACUUUUUGAUCCAGAUCAUAGUACUCAAUCUAGAAAGUUCGUUGGUACACCGGAUUAUCUUGCACCCGAAACUGUUGCAGGUAAAGGACAAGACAAGACAAGUGACUGGUGGUCAAUUGGAUGUAUAUUAUUUGAGUUUUUAUUUGGGUAUCCUCCAUUUAAUGAUGAUACACCUGAUAAAGUUUUCAAUAAUAUUUUGUAUGGUGAUAUUCAGUGGCCGAAUCUUCCACCUGAAGAAUUCAAGACUUAUUGUUCUGACAAGGCGCACGAUUUAAUUGAGAAGUUGCUUAUUAAAGAUCCUACAAAAAGACUAGGCGCCGAUGGUUCGCAAGAAAUAAUGGACCAUCCAUAUUUUGAAGGAAUCAAUUGGGAGACAUUAUUUAAUGAAGAAGCUUCCUUUGUCCCCGAAACCGACCAUCCUGAAUCUACUGAUUACUUUGAUAACAGAGGUGCAGAGAUGGCAGAGUUCCCAACAGAUGAUGAUAUUAACAUUGAUCAUUUGAAUUUGAAUUCGAACCAACAGAAUUCUUGCACCGAAAGUGCUACUACAGACUACACUAAGGAUCUUGAUGUAGAAAUUACAGAUGAGGAAGAUGAGGAGGAGGAAGACCCCCCUGAUUAUUUCCAAAUCAAGAAAGCAGACUCAAGUUCAUCAAAUCUUGUUUCACCAAGAAAUAGUUUUUCUAGACAUGGUCAGUUUUUCACAAAUAGAGAAAGAAGAGGCUCAAGGCUGAAUGAUGCAGGAAGCAACUCAGAAUUUGGGUCCUUUCAAUUUAGAAAUUUGAUGGUUUUAGAGAAACAGAACAAAGAUGCGAUUAAUAGGUUGAAAUCCGAGCAUGCAGAGCACAGAAAUAGUGUGUCAUCAAUCACAUCGAGCGAGAUAGCAUAUUCCCAAUCAACUGGAUCAUCAGGCAAUGGAUGCUUCAAUAUGAAUUCUGCACCUGCUACACCGGGUAGUGGGACAAUAUCAAGAGGUAGGACUCAACAUGGCCUCACUCCAAACAAGAGGUCCAUGUCGCCCAAUCCACAACUAAUCACAGGUCUUAAAUCGCCUGUUCUAACGUUCAUACCUUCUCCCACAGUGAGAAAUCAAUCUUUUAUCGAAGAAUCACGCCCAGGGAUCGGCAAAAGAAAAGAGAGUUCACCUGCUAUUCAUAUCCUUACCAAGUCUUUUACACGUACAAUGAGUGAUUUUUCACCUUCAUCCUCAGAUACAGAGGAAAGAAGUUCUAGGCUGUCCAGAUUGAACACCCGAAAUCUCAGGGGGCCAAGGAUCAGAACCUCCUCAUCAUCAACAACAGCGAAGAUGCCCUCUCUAUUACCUACCCUUUCAGUUUUGUUGUUUGAACCAAUUCCUAUUCAUAGAUAUUCAAUCACGCGUGACUUGGAAAAUCUAGGUUGUAUCGUCUUUUCAUGUGCGAGUGGAUCCGAAUUGAUUAAACUAGCAAGCGGGAAUAUUGCAUUUGACAUUAUUUUCACCUCCAGUGAAUCUCAUCGGUUGAGUUCACUUGACCUGGUUAAGUUGAUUAGACAUACGACUUCGUUGAACACAAACACAACUAUAGUUGCUCUAACACCAUACGCCAAGGGAGAAAGCUCUGAUGUUUAUGAUUAUGUCAUUGAAUACCCAAUUACACGUGACAAACUUAAGGAGAUACUUACAAAGGUUCAAAGUUUAGGAAUGAAUACAGAGGAGGCAAUUGUAACAGACACUGAAUAA